AUGAGUUUAGAGAAAGAUAUAAUCACUCUGGGGAUGUUCAUCGUUGAUGAAUUUGAAUAUCGUCAUUUGAACGGAGAACUAGAUACUAGCAAGCAAACAAGCUCACAAAUAGGUGGUGGCGGGACUUACGCUAUAAUUGGUAGUAGAAUGUGGACAGAACCAACAAAACUUGGUCAGAUUGUAGACACGGGGAGUGAUUUCGACAAAGAAACUGAAAAUACAUUAGAGAGUUAUGAACAUGAUAAAUCAAAUAGAAUGUUCAUCCUUCGUGCAGAUCCUAAGAAAGCUACAACCAGAGCAGUAAACAAAUACACAGGUCAAAGAAGAGAAUUCGAAUAUUUAACACCUCGUAAUAGAUUGAAUUUGAGUGAUUAUCAUCAAAUGAAAUUACACAAAUCACCUAAAUACAUUCAUAGUGUUUGUUCACCAGUACGCCAAACUGAUAUAAUAAAGGAAGCAAAAACUUUGAAUUGGAAUGUAAAAUACAUUUAUGAGCCACUUCCAGAAGCUAUGAUACCGACUAAUAGUCAAAAACUUAGAGAAACAAUAGAGGAAGCUGAUGAAAAUUUGUUCUUAUCUCCCAAUCACACUGAAGCUGCAGAAAUGUUUGGCUUAGAUGAACCUAAUACACUAGAAAAAUGCGAAGAGCUAACAAAGAAGAUACACAAUGAAAUACAUGCUAAGAAUGUCAUCUUAAGAUGUGGAAAGCUAGGUUCAUACAUUAGUAUACCAGGAAUGGCUUUCUGGGUUGAAGCGCUUCAUAUACACAAUCAAGAGAAAGUCGUUGACGUCACUGGUGCCGGUAAUGCUUUCCUAGGUGGAUUCACAGGUGGUUUGAAUAAGUAUAAUGGUGAUAUUAGAAAAGCUGCUAUAUGCGGUACAAUAUCUGCUGGUUAUACUAUUGAAAAAGACGGACUACCAACAGUUAAACUAGUAAAUGGUCAGGAAUGUUGGAAUGGACGUGACCACACUCCUGAAGAAGAGUUAGCAAAUUUCGUGAACAAACAGAAGUAAAAGUUAUAGUUUUGUAAAAUGUGGAUAUAUUUCAAAGUAUAUG